AUGCUGCCAGUGGUCGCCGGGCUCUUGCUCGCCGUAGCCGCGGGCGGCCGGGGGGCGGCGGCGGGGGACCAGGAGAGCCCGCCGGGGAGCCGCUUCGUCUGCACCUCGCUGCCGCUGGACGCCGUCGGCGCGGGCUGCCCGGUGCCCAUGCAGGGCGGCGCGCUGCCCCCCGAGGAGGAGCUGAAAGCCACGGUGCUGCAGCUGCGGGAGACCGUCCUGCAGCAGAAGGAGACCAUCGGGAGCCAGCGGGAGGCCAUCCGGGAGCUCACCGGCAAGCUGAGCCGCUGCGAGAGCGCCGACGGCAAGUCCGCCUCGGGGACGUGGAAGAAGGAGCUGGGCAAGGGCAAGGACACCAUGGGUGACCUGCCGCGGGACCCGGCGCAGGUCAUCGACCAGCUGAGCCGCACCAUGCAGACCCUGAAGGACCGGCUGGAGAGCCUGGAGCACCAACUCCGAGCCAAUGUGUCAUAUGCAGCACUGCCUAAUGACCUUCGAGAGAUGCUUCAACGGAGGCUUGGAGACCUGGAACGCCAACUCCUGAGCAAAGUGGCCGAGCUUGAGGAUGAAAAGUCUUUGCUUCAUAAUGAGACGUCAGCCCAUCGGCAGAAGACAGAGACAGCCUUGAAUGCAUUGCUAGAAAGAGUGUCUGAAUUAGAAAAAGGUAACAGUGCAUUUAAGUCUCCUGAUGAAUUCAAAGUCUCCCUUCCUCUUCGCACAAACUACUUAUAUGGGAAGAUCAAGAAGACUCUGCCAGAGCUGUAUGCUUUUACUGUAUGCUUGUGGUUGAGAUCCAGUGCUUCUCCUGGAAUAGGCACGCCAUUCUCAUAUGCUGUUCCUGGGCAGGCUAAUGAAAUUGUCCUCAUAGAAUGGGGGAAUAAUCCAAUUGAACUUCUGAUUAAUGAUAAGGUUGCCCAGCUCCCUCUCUUCGUUAGUGAUGGAAAAUGGCACCAUAUAUGUAUAACAUGGACAACCAGAGAUGGAAUGUGGGAGGCUUUUCAGGAUGGAGAGAAGCUUGGCACUGGGGAGAAUCUUGCUCCUUGGCACCCAAUUAAACCUGGAGGUGUCUUGAUCCUGGGUCAGGAACAGGACACAGUAGGAGGAAGAUUUGACGCAACUCAAGCCUUUGUUGGGGAGAUGAGCCAGUUCAAUAUAUGGGACAGGGUCUUAAGAGCUGAAGACAUCGUGAAUAUUGCUAACUGCUCUACCAACAUGCCUGGCAACAUCAUACCCUGGGUUGAUAACAACGUUGAUGUGUUUGGAGGUGCUACUAAAUGGCCUGUGGAGACAUGUGAAGAGCGUCUGCUAGACUUAUAGCUGCAA